AAGCACGUAGAAGAAUACACUCUCGCCAUUCAUCAAAAUGUCGACCAGCCACGACUGCUUCAUGGUGGUAAAGAGCCCGACGAAAUUCCGUCAGCUUUCCACGCCAUCAUGGAGGACGAUAUGGUCCCUGCGUACUCUACGAGAUGUGACAGCGAUAAGCCAAAGGAGGUCGCUGUUUGUAGCAAAAACCAGAGUGGACUGCAGAAGUUCGGGCCCUUGCCGUGGCGUCGUCGCCGCCAGCUGCUUCUGGACAGUGGUGUACGAAGAAUCGAUUCUUCUGAAACCAAAGAAUGCCGAGACAUUCGGGCGUCGCGGGAACGUUGCGGCUGCGAAUGCCCAGGCCAGUGCCUCCGAGAAGCCUGUUCCUGCUCCCUGAACGGGAUACCCUGCCAGGUCGAGAAGGUGCCAUUUCCUUGCGCCUGCUGUGAAGAGGCAUGCGAAAAUCCAUGUGGCCGUCGCCAGUACAGUCCCGAUAUCGCCCAUGAACACUACAGGCGCACAAUCGCGCGCCUCGAAGCGGAGCAGGCUGCUGCAGAAUUGCCGGUCUCUGAUCCCAGACUCGGCGAAGGGAAGCAAGAUACCAAGGACGAAUGCCUCAGUGUUCUGGAUGGACUGUCAGAGGACUUCAAGAGGGCCUGCUCUCUGACUGAAUCGCUGCCGUGUGGGAGCCACUAGCUGUGGUUCCUUUGGUUGCAGUCUUGCAUGCUUCUGCCAUUAUUUCUGCUCGGUGUCAACGAAGUCUCAGUGCCCAGCUCAGCCACAGUGACUGCAGGCCACAUAAUGUCGGAAGCGUCACAAACUGUUUCUUUGGGUGUUUAUGAUUUCUUUCUUGAGUGUUCCGCCGGUCGGGGAACCUUUUUUACAAACGUGAUACGACGCAGUCAACAUAUUGAAUUCACCCCGGGUAUUAGCAUAGGAAUAUAAUGCUCAGCACUGUGUUUAAUAUAAGUAUUUUGGUUCUUUAAAGGCACUGCAAGCUUAACUAGGCUAGUGGUAGCUUGUAUUGCUACAUCGCAUGAUGUAUACACACAAGCAAUGCUCAUCAAUUUAAGGAGAUUGAGUUGUAA